AUGACAAAGACAAUUGAAGAGCCUGUUGCCGAUAAGCUCAACCAUGUUCAAUCGGGUGGUGUGCACAAAGAGCCAAAAAAGCCAAGAGUGAAGCAGGCAAAAUAUGCUAUGCUUUUGGGGUAUCAAGGCAAAAAAUACUACGGGAUGCAGUUGCAAAAAGAUCUUCCCACGAUUGAGUCUAAACUUCUUGAGGCUAUGGAAAAGGCUGGAUGGAUUACAGCUGCACAAAGAGACAAACCGUUCGAUUUCUUCUUCCAGAGAGCAGCGAGAACUGAUAGAGCAGUAUCAGCUGCUAGACAGAUGUGCGGAAUGCAAUUACCACGAGACGAUGAUAAGUAUCAAACUGAUGGAGCUGGAGUUCUGAAUAAUUUGCUUCCCGAUGAUAUUCGUGUAUUUGGAAUGAGAAGGACUAUUAAUUUCUUCCAUCCCCAGAAACAAUGUGAUUAUCGGACUUACAGUUAUACUUGUCCAUCGUUUGUAUUUGCAAAACCGACAGAGCUCACAAACUCUGCAUUUCGAUUACCGAAAGAGACGCUAGCAGAAGUAAAUGACAUCCUCUCAAUCUAUAAAGGAACUCACAAUUUCUUUAAUUACACUGCUAAACGCGCCUACAAUGACAUGAGCUCCAAUCGAUACAUCGUAUCAUUCGAAUGUAAGGAACCAUUUUUGUUCCGGGACGAAUUCAGGAAAGAAGAUGUCGAAUUCGUUCAGAUUGUUGUCAAGGGACAGUCAUUCGUUCUUCAUCAAAUCCGAAAAAUGGUUGGAAUGGUGAUUACUGUUGUCAGAGAGCUUCACUUGAAAUCUGCGAUUCAGAGAUCGUUUGAAGGACAAAGAAUGGAUAUUCCAAUGGCUCCUGGAUUGGGUCUUCUUCUUGAGAGAACUCAUUAUGAUUGUUACGAUAAGAAGAAUGCAAAAGACCAUCAGCCACUGACUGAUUGGGGAGAGAUUAUCGAGAAGGAAGUGGAACGAACCAAGUUCGAGCUCAUUACAAAAGACAUGCUGGAGACGGAGUUAGUGUCACAAGGAAUGAUGAAAUGGCUCGCUGACUUGGUUCAUCACGAUUUCACGUCUAAUCCAGAAGCAGAAGAGCCGGAGAAGAAGACGUUCGUAACAAUGGCAGCAGCAUGCGCGAGCAAUGCAGCUAAGGAGCAAGAAGCCGCUUCAUCAGAAACUUCGGAAGCUGCCAAGGAGCAAGAAUCCACUGAGCCAAAAAUAGUUCCAGCUCCAGUCGAAGAUUUGGAAGUGGAAUCAGAAGGUCUCAAGAUAGUAGAACCAGAGGAUGACAAACAGCCGGUAGCUGCCUCGGCGUCACAGUAA